UUGUAAAAUUUCUGCACACAAUCUUAUUUUUAAUAUGUAGUUCAUCUUAUACUCAAAUAAAACCUAAAACUAAAGAGUAAAAUAUGAAGUGUCAUUACGAAAUACUAGAAUUACCCCGCGAAGCAACCGAUUCAGAAAUUAAAACGGCUUACCGAAAGCUGGCUUUAAAGUGGCAUCCAGACAAAAACCUUGAUAAUCCAGACUUGGCUAAAGAACAGUUCCAAAUUAUCCAGCAGGCAUAUGAAGUCUUAAUAGACAAACAUGAAAGGGCUUGGUAUGAUGCCCAUAGAGACCAAAUAUUGAGAGGUGCUAACUCAGGCUUUGAAGACAAAAGUUUGGAUGUUUUCCAAUAUUUUACCACAACAUGCUUUAAGGGAUAUGGAGAUGAUGAAAAAGGUUUUUAUAUGGUAUAUGGAAAAGUGUUUGAGCAGAUUGUUCAAGAGGAUAUUGAGCAUAUGGAUGAUAAAGAGGAGUUAACUGAGAUUCCUGGUUUUGGAAACUCACAAAGUGGAUAUGAAGAAGUUAAGGCAUUUUAUGACUAUUGGAUGAGCUAUUCUACUAAAAAAAGCUACAGUUGGUUAGAGUCAUAUGAUAUUAGAGAAGGUAAAGGCGAUAGACGCCUGUUAAAAAUUAUUGAAAAGGAAAAUAAAAAAAUCCGCCAAAAAGCGAAAAAGGAGCGCAACGAAGAGAUCAGAAACCUUGUGGCUUUCGUGCGCAAAAGGGACAAGAGAGUUCAGAUAUUUAAAAAGGAAAUGGAAGCAAAAGCACUGGAAAACCGAAAGAAGCAAGAACAACUAAGCAAACAAAAGAGGCUUGAAAGACAACAGUUAAAUGAAAGCACCCAGCAAGCUGAUUGGUUAAAAUUUGACAAUGUAAAGUCUGAGCUUGAGGUAAUUGAAAAGGAAUUAGCUGCACAUUUUGGCGAGGAGCUCUCUGGUAGUGAACAAGAUGAAGAGGACGAUUUAAAUAAUUUAUAUUGUGUGGCAUGCAAUAAGAUAUUUAAAACACCUAAAGCUUUUGAGAAUCACGAGUCUAGUAAAAAACAUAAGGAAAAUGUGGAAAAGCUCGUGGAGGAAAUGAUCGAUGAUGAGAAUGAUAUAGCAAACGAUUGUGAUAGUAUUGAGGAGGAAAAUGAGGAUUUAGAAGAGGAAGAAGUAGUUAAUGGUAGUGUAACCAAUAACGAUUCAGAUUCGUUAAAUAGUGAGAAUGAAGAUGAACCAUUAAAAAAAUCUAUGAAAAAGAAGAAGAAACGAAAUAUAGUGGUACAUGAAGAGGAGUCAGUGGAGCAAGUUCAUGAAAGUGUUGAGUUUACGAAGGUAUCAGAUGACGAUGAUUUCGACUUUGGCACAAGUAAAAGUCAAAAAAAGAAAAGCAAAAGGUCUAACAAAAUAAAACAGACUGUUGAGCCAAAACCAACAGGUGAAGAGCUAAAGCCCAUUGAACAACCAAUAGAUAAGGCAACCAUUAAGAAACAAGCUAGAAAAGAGAAAAAAGCUAACAAAAAGGACAUCAUAAAACCUAAAGAUCUCGAAGACAUAGAUUUGUCCCACUGCUGUGUAACUUGUAAGGCAGAAUUUCCGUCUAAAAAUAAAUUGUUUGAACACUUGAAGAAAACUGGACAUGGUGUCUAUCUUGACCAGAAAAAUGUUAAAAUUAAUAGAAAAAAAAAUUAGAUAACUGAGAUUCAAUAUUGACGUUACUUAAUUAAAUAAAUCAAAUAGAAAAUUUUGUAAAUAUUGUAAAUAGUUUUUAUGUAAGUAGGUAGGACGGUGCUAAUAAAACACUAUAAAUAUUCA